AUGACUCGAACAUAUGUGGAUGGCACAAGAAGGAGGAGUGGAGGCACGGGCAAAUUUGUUGGCAUGCACUGGGCAUUUGCGCAUGGCAUCUGUUGCAUUGGGAACAGCGUAGUGGUCGUUGGUGAUGGUGUUGCUGGGGUAUGCGCUAGUGCCAGCACGAAUGACAAAGAUGGUGGUGUGAAUGAUAGUGAAGGUGACACAGAUGGUGGUGUUGGCAUCGUGGAUGGUGGCAUUGGUGUGAAAGCUGGUGGUGGUCAAAAGAGUACUGCAGGCAAUGAUGAAACUGAUGAGCUUAGGAAUGGUGAGGAUGCUGAUGUUGAGGAAAGUGAGUCUGACAAUGGUCGAAGAAGGAAAAAAAUGAAGAAAGCAAAGAUGAAGGCACCACAGGGGGAUGACACCAAUCCUGCAAAUCAAGAGCACAACAACAACAUCAAGAUCCUUUGCACCCAAUGGGUCUGCCACAAGAAGCUGGGUUGUCGCAGUGAUCACUGCUUCAUCAAUCCUACCAACAACAUACAUUUUGAACUGGGAUUCAGUCACUUUGACUGUUGGGCAGCAGCCAUGUGCAAGGGGAAGGAACAUGCCACCGAGGACCGGCCACCAAACCACCGCUUGUUUGAAGCACUAUUUGAGAAUGAAUAUGGGCCAACAAAAUCUCUUCUCACUGAAUGUUGUCAGCAAAGGAACACUGUGAAGAAUUUACGUGAUCCUGCCGCACCUGUUAUCCAUGUCAAUUUUCCUGUUGACAUGCUCCAUGGACUGCAUGCUGGAUUGCCACCUGUCCCUCCUGCACACCAUCAGCUCCAACCACUGGCCUUGCCUGUUCAUCACAGCUUGUGCUCCUUUCUUUGCAUGUUGAUUUAA